GGCUACGUCAUCAGCCUUCACCCGGCAUCCUGACUGCCUGUCUGCCGUCCAUACAUGCUAGCCGGACUCACCAAAGUUAUCUUAUCAAAGUGAGGUAGCUUUUCACUUGUGAUGGCUGACCAGACUGUCGUGGGGAAGAUGAGCGAAAUGCAAGUGGACGAGGGGAAAAAGGUGACACUGUAGUCUCAUGCCUGCGCACAUUUAUGACAUAUUAGCGAGCUAGCCUAGCCUGUAGUCAGAUUCAUGCUGUCAUUUGUCCAUCGGCAAUGUGGUGUGAGGGUUAGCAUUAACUUUACAGCUGUAAACUCAGCGAUGCUGUCAGGAAAAUACAAUUACCAACUACGGCUGUGUUUCUUUGUAAAAAGGUAGACAUCUGUGAUUCAUUGCAAGUGUAUUUGGCCAGUGUUGGAUCUACACGUCUUACUUGGCACGGUGAAGAAACCGACUCACGCAAAACCUCAUUCAGAAAUCUUACAAUUUACAGAAAAUCCACUUAUUUAUGGUCUCAGAUAGUUUAAGAUCAGUCUGCAUAGCAGUGAAUGAAUCUGGUCCUCUUUCUUUAGAAAUCGGGGUGCCUCAGUUAGUGUAAAUGUUUUGUUGUAAAGUCACUCCUUAAAUCACUAUUUAACCUCUCAUUGGAUCCUGUUCUGCCGGAUCUGCUGCUUUAUGCUACAGAGACCAAUUAUAGUAGUAGUGCUAUAGAAUGAAAUGAACUAUUAUUGAUAAUAAACUCUUAUUCCAGAGCACUGCUCCAAACCUUUGUCACAAGUGCCUUAUAAUAAUAAAAGUUGGAACAACAGUUGGAUAAAAUAAUAAAAAUGACACUAGAAUAGCUGCAAAAAAAUCAAGAAUACUGGUAAUCACAGAGAAUGCAAUGAUAUAUACUGAAAAGUAGUUUAUAGCAUACAAAAACUGCACACACACAGACACGCUCUGACAAAACAGCUGUCAAAAGUGAAGAUCUUUUCAUGGGCCACUGAAAAAAGUGUGAAUAUAUCUUUUCUAAUAGUGAGAUUCAUCUUAUCCAAUACAACUUCCAAUCAGGGACCGUUUUUUAAACUGAAAGGUGUUAUUGGUGUAUAGUGUGAAAUUACUGAAAAAGUAGCAAUGUUAAAAAAAAGUGCAGUUCCAGGUUUGUACCUUUCUCAGCAGUAUGUGAAUAAAUAGGCAAGAUACUUAUGAACUUAUGUGUAAACUAGCUUGAUACUUAUCCUUUGUUGUAUCCUUGUUGUUCAUCCUCUGAUUUUUAUUGACUUUAUUGCUUGGGUUCUGUAACAGGGGAAAACUGAAGGCAGCAAAGAUGGAGGGAAAAAGAAGGUCAAAAACGCUGCAGGAGACUCUGGAGGAAGGUCUGAGGUGAGUUACUAAGUUAAAUUGGAGACAGAACGUAGUUGGCUUGGUGUUAUAAUCAGACUUGAUACACAGAACCAGUAUUAUCGACAAAGUCCUCAUUUUAUCAUCCCUGUCUUUCCAGCUUUCGCCUCCACCCCAGUACAUUGAGGACCGUCUUACUCUGUACUCAAAGCUUAAAGCUGAGCAUGAAGCCCUCAUGGCAGAGAGGGCAGUCAAUAACAGCAGAGCCAUCAAGGUGACCCUGCCUGAUGGGAAGGUGGUUGAUGCUGAGUCAUGGAAGACCACACCGUACCAGGUGGCCUGUGGAAUCAGGUCAGUGUGAUGAUAGGAUCGCUACCAAUGAUACUUAUUGAAUUUGACACCAGCUUUCAAGUAGCAUAAAAAAAAAGGAAAACGUCAAGGGUGCUUCAAGAUUUAAUUUCUAAAGACCAGCUGUCAAAUUGAGUCUUGCAGCCUGUAAUCACUGUUAAAGUUUCAUACGGCUUCAGCUCUUACAUUAUGAUAAUAGUAAUUGAAAAUGACACCUACUAACCUUAAACUGUCUCCUGAAGACAAGAAAAUACUCCUUAUUAGUUAAAAAAAUUUUGAGGGAACACUGAUGUGAAUUUUGAAAAUGAUCUCCCUCCUGGCCCAGUCGAUGAUGAGAGUGUGUAAGCAGGGACCAAAUGUUAAUAACCAACAGCCAUGUGAACACGGGCUUGUUAAGAGGUUUUCAGAAAUGUCAGAAUCGAUCAUCACCACCCCAAGAGUCAGUGCCAGAAUUGCUCCGUUUGACAAAACCCAAACCACGGCCCCACCUUUGUACUUUGUUGUGAUGCAAUGAACACACUUGUGCAAAGUGCUGGCACUUUCAGUUUGUUUGGCCUUUUUCUAUAUGGUGGCCAGAUGAUUUGAGAGGAUUUUUUUCACCUCAGAAGUGUGGGUGGGGAAUUCAAAUAGCUGGUGCUGACAGUUUGCAGCAUUCCUUUACAUCCUCCUAAGGCUCAGGACAGUAAUAAAACAGCCUCCUUGUAAGACCAGCCAAACUACAUCUGUUUAAAGCGCUGGUGAUGACAGUGUCACAUGAUAAUAACAUCACACAAACGUUAGAGAACUUCAAUUUCAUGCAGCCUUUGGGUGAAUAUCUAUAUAAAGAGCUUGUAAAUCUUUUCACAAGCUAUUUUAUAUUGUUGAUUAUUACAUACAAAUCUAUUUACAUAGCAAGUGGUUGAAUACAGAUGCAUGUCAGUCAAUUAGACGAUCUUGAAAAGUUCAAUAUUUCCUUUCAGUUAUCUAAGCACAUCAAAGUAGAGUAGACGCAGACAUGCUGCAUGUAAACUAAAAUGUUUUAAGCAGUUUUGUAUUUAAAUUUUGAUUAUUUAGAUUAACUUGAUAAUUAAUUUGAUUAUUUGCUAAAAAAAAAAAUAGGAAAAUGCAUUUCUCAAAAUAUUAUAUUUCAUUUUAAAUCUGUUUCAAUUCAAGCUAAGUAACAACAUGUUUGCAGUGAGAAACUUGCAACCAAAAUCAACUCCACAGUGGAGUCAGCUCACUUUUGGAUCUGUGAUGUGUUGAGAGUUGCCAAGGGUUACCAAGCUGUGUGUGUGUGUGUGUGUGUGUGUGUGUGUGUGUGUGUGUGUGUGUGUGUGUGUGUGUGUGUGUGUGUGUGUGUGUGUGUUGCAGCUGAAGUCAGACAUAAAGUCACCCGGAGGUACUUGCUUCUGUCACUCAGCAGAGGUUGUAGGCAGUGCAGAAGAAGCAGCUUUACUGAACAUUUUAAGUAGUUUUAUGCACAAAUCAGAGCCGAUCCCACUGGACUAAAUCCCCUUUGGUUGCAGAAGUACAACUUUUUCAGAUUGUGUUAAUUUGUUCAGUGUUUCUUCAUCCUGGAGGAUGUGAAAAUCAUCUUUCCUACAUUAUGAAGUGCAGAGCGAACUUUUCCUGUGUGUUUGACUUAAAAGUCAAAAGCUUGAGAUGAAUUUUCUUCCAGUUGAUGUUGUUGCUCACUUUUGGUAUGAAUGUGCACAACACUGCUGAUGUCCCUAAGAAGGGGACUUGAACCGUCACAAUCAUCUGAAGUUUCCUUCCACUCACUCCUUGAGUAGAAGAGAACAUUAGAAAGGAUAUUACAAAACUUGAAAAGACUUUGACUGAUGCUUAUGGUCCUACUUCCCCUUUUUCUGGCAUCUCAUUUAGAAAUCAGCGUCUUAGAGUUGGAGGGUGAGUUAAGAGACAGAAUCCAGGGUGUGAAAUUCCAGUGAAGUUUCUACAGUCUGUGAUGAUUCAGGGGGCCGUGUCAUUUGCUGGUUGGUCUACUGUGUUUUAUUAACUCUGAAGUCAAUGUAGUCAUUUACCAAAAGAUCUUACGGAACUUUUUGCUUCUAUCUGCUGACAAGUUUUAAGGAGAAGCCGAUUUCUAUUUUCAGCAGGAACUAGCACCUGCCCACAGCACCAAAACUACUACCAAGUGGUUUGCUGGGCCAGACAACUUGCCUUAACUAAACCCCAUGGAAAAUUUAAGUGGUUCUUGUUAGGAGGAGGAUGAGAAAACGCCCAACCUUCAAUUACAGACAACCAAGAGGCUGCUGUCAAAGCUACCUGGGCUUCAGGAACAUCUCAGCAGUGCCACAGGCUGAUAGCCACUAUGCCACACCUUUUUGAUGCGGUUAUCUGCAGUGAAAGGACCCCAAGAGAGUAUCAAACAUGCUUUUUCUGCAUUUGAAACCCUUUUUGACCGAUCCAAGGAAUUGCUGUUUCGGCCAAAUCCUCAAAAUUAAAACAAAAAGCCUUGAAAUAUGUCAACCUGCAUUUCAUGAAUACAAGACUAAAUGGGAAUUUACCUCUUCAAUUUACAGCCCAAACUAUCACAGUGUUUGAGUAUAAUAAGAUCCACUUGAAUUUUAGCUGCAUAACAUGUACUCUGAGGUUUUUAAUUAAACUUUUAUUAACUAAGCUUGUUUAUAUGCGCAUAAAUUUGAUGUGGAAUAUAUCUGUUUUAUUUCUAUAGUCAAGGCCUGGCAGAUAACACAGUGAUUGCGAAAGUGAACAACAGUGUGUGGGACCUGGACAGACCUCUGGAGGAUGACUGCAGCCUGCAGUUGCUCAAGUUUGAUGAUGAGGAGGCUCAGGCAGUAAGUCCACCUCAUCCCUAGUCUGCUUGUAUUUAUUUUUUUUCCCCUCCUUAUGUAUGGAUUAGGAGAGGAGACUGCAGAGAAGUUGAGUAAAGCCUCUUAACACUUCCUUCCUGACACACUGUUUGCUGUUUUUGAGCACAAAAUACUACACCUACAUGCCAAUGUUCACUGAAGAACCUGUUGAAGUACAUCAGACAUGGUUGCAGUGCCACUGAGGUUUGUUAUAUUUAUUGUACUAACUGGAUAUUGGGUUUACAGACUGUGCUCAUACAAAGAGCAAAAACAUGUACAGUUGUUCAGUCCCAUUGAUGUAUUUGAGAGGCCAGGCUAACCCAGGCACUCAAGGUUAAAGUGAUGAAUGAUGGGUUUACAGUUAAUGAUAAACCUCAGACCUCUCUUCAUCAAAUUUCCAAUCCAGAAAAACAUUAAAAGGGACGUGAGGGUGUGAAAUAAAAUGCCGCUGCCAUCACUGACUGUCAUAAAAGUGGCAGCAACCAGUGUCAUGAGUGAAUAACGAGACUUGCUCCGAAAAUAAAAGCCCAAUUUCAACUUCAUUGUCUGAACAAGGUGCUGAAUAUUUCACCAGGAGAGCCAUUUGUCAUUCGACAUUUUUAAGUGCUUUCGAGAUUUCCCUGUCUCAGCCAAUUUGCUUUUUAUGUCACGAGUUGUCAGCAGGUUUUGUGGAACAUUUUUCAGAUUUUUUUGAGUGUUGUCCGCGUUCAGAAGAAGUGAUGUGAUAAAGUUUUUUUUUUUCUUCUCUAAUCAAGUCUGCAACGUAGGGAAAGAGCAUUAAAUCGGCACAAAUAUCAACGCUAUCUUCUCUGUGCAAUAGACUUAAUGUCUUUUUUCUAAUAUUCUUUAGGUUUACUGGCACUCCAGCGCUCAUAUCCUGGGUGAAGCCAUGGAGAGAGUGUACGGAGGCUGCCUUUGCUACGGUCCGCCUAUCGAGAGCGGUUUUUACUACGACAUGUUCCUGGAGAACAAUGAGUAAGUCAUACAGGCUCCGAGUUUAGAUUUGUCUGUAUAAUUAGUUUUGUUCGUCAUCUCUCGUUGUUAUUUUGAUGUUUACUUCAAAGCUUUGUGGCUGCCAGUCUAAGACCCAUUGCAAACACAAAACAGGUGGAGUGUAAUGACACUAAUGCUGUCAAGCUGGAUUUUUCUCGGGCGUGGAUUUAAAACAACAUCUUUAUAUAUCAGCCCACAGAAUUGGAAGCCUUAAAGCAAAUCUAUUCAGAAACACACAGACUUGAAGUUGAGCGAAGCUGUGAAAGUGCUUGAAGACACCCUGUAAAAUUUGAAUACCUCUUCAUCGUAAACAACUUUUUCAUUUGACCUUUUCCUGAAACAGAUGCAAUUCUUCCGGCUUCAGGCAGCGGGAGAGCAUGAGGAGCGCUGUCUAAUUAAUUCUACAACCUCCUUAAUGAAGUCGUUUUAUGCAAAUGGCUUUCUUGGAGACCGUGUUUUUUUGCAGGGAUAUUUUGACAUUGCUCAAAGCCCUAAAGCCAAGGACUUUAAACUAUUUGCCCAUGUUUGGCAGAGGUUAUCCAUUUGUGGAGGCCAGAGAAUUACACUGUUGAAUGAAAUGCCCCGCUGUCACAUUCAUGACACCCUCUACAAACACCUGCAGACCACGUUUCACAUUUAAAGCUGUUUGCAUAUUAAUCCAGGACUACACAGCACCGUCAUCUGACCUUUUUGUGUUUAUCUGUGAUGAUUUGGACAGGGGCGUGUCCAGCAAUGACUUCCCAGGUCUGGAGAACUUGUGCAAGAAAAUUAUCAAGGAGAAGCAGCCGUUUGAGAGACUGGAGAUCAAGAAGGAGACACUGCUGGAAAUGUUCAAGGUAUCUGAAAACAUAAACUCAAACAAAUAAAAGAUGGGGGACUUGAGAGCAAACAGGACUUUAAAACGACCUCUUCUCCUUGAUAGUACAACACGUUCAAGUGCCGCAUCCUGAAUGAGAAGGUAACCACACCCACCACCACAGUUUACAGGUGAGUGCAUGAAAAAAACUCUUCAGAAUAAGUUUCUGGUGAUAAAGUUUAGUUUUUUACACUGUAAACGAACCCCUUUAAUGGAUAGAAAGACAAAAACAUUCAUCAUCCUUUCAGAAUAUUCCGUCUGAUGCUUUACUUUGGUGUUCCUCUGAAGCAGCAGAUCUCCUUCAUAAGAAAAACAAAACACCUACUGUAUUUUCCACUCUCAAUCACAACCUCACAUGUCAAAUUUGCAACACAAUAACCAACAUCAACCUACGACAUCAGUCUGCUGACUUUUUUUGAGUAAUACUAAUACAUUUUAGCUUCUGGUUAUCGAUUAGGAUUUAAUAACCAUGAAAAAAAGGGUACCACUUUAUGUGAAGGAACUUUAGAUCCUGUAGCUGUAAAGGAACAUUACUAGCUGCUAAUGAGUGGGAAAUAAAUCAUAAAUUUAUCCUUACAAAGCCUUAACCAUAACCUUAAAGUCAUAUUUAUGUGAGAUAGCUUAAGAGUUUUUUUGAUUGUUUGCAAGAUUCCAGUGAGUGGGACUAAAAAGCAAUAAUAAAUGUUAGCCAUGAUGUUAAAGGCACAGUAUGAGAUUUUAUUAAGGCUAUCGAUGGACUGUAAUUGGUAAAAAGUUUCCAGACUAACCAAUAGGUAAAUAAAUAUUUAUUAAGUAAUUGUUCUAAAGGCUAAUUAAUGUAAAUAAACACAAUAUUGAUGUCUAUGACUGGUAAAUAAAUUGUUAACAUGUUUUGAGUUGGAGCCUAUAAGUAUAUCAUCAGCAAUAAUGAAUGUAUGAAUGAUGCUUUUAUUAAAACUUAUAAAUGUGUAUAAGAGCUUUAUAUGGUCUUAUCAGAGACUUAUUAACUAUUUAUCAAUGCUUACUACAAGGUCGUUGACAUGUUAUCACCUAAAAGAGACAGUUUCUCAGUUUGUGAUCUUAUUUGGCUUUUAACAAUGGUCACAACUUAAAAACCUUUUUCUAUUCCAGAUGUGGUCCCUUGAUUGACUUGUGUCGGGGGCCCCACGUGAGACAUACUGGGAAGAUCAAGGCACUUAAAAUCCACAAGGUGAGCCUUUUUGUUUAUAGUUGUUUCCUUUGACUGUUUGCACUUUCACCCCAUUUUUGCACAAUCAGUUACUUUUUGUUUUUGUGUAGAUUCAGAAAACAACAAAAGCCAACAUCCUUUUUUUUUUUUUUAUUUGUCAUGCUAGAACUCAUCCACAUACUGGGAGGGAAAGGCAGACAUGGAAACCCUUCAGAGGAUCUAUGGAAUCUCCUUCCCUGACCCCAAAAUGCUGAAGGAGUGGGAGAAGUUUCAAGAGGAUGCCAAAAACAGGGAUCACCGCAAACUGGGACGGGUAAGAGCUAAAACGUCAUGAGGCUGACAUUUGGCAAAAGUUACAGAUAGUGAAAGGGUUUGCUGCCAUAGUUUUGUUGUGUUUGGUAUAAUUUAGUUCAUAAUGUUUCUGUUCAGAUGCAGUGACCAUCCAAACAAAUUAGUCAUUUAAUACAUGUAGAGUCCUCCUCAAAUACAGAGGCCAGGUUAGACUUCUUUACUGUCAAUUGAAAAGGAGUUUACAGGUCAGACAGGGUGUGCUACACAGGAGACAGUCAAGUGUCAUACAAACCUUAGUGAACUGGAACAUGUGAUUAAUUGAAACCAGUCUGACCUGUGUGUCGGCCUUUCUUAAUUUCCCAUCAAACUAACAAACCUCUUUCUUUUCUUUUUCUCCAGGAGCAGGACCUGUUCUUCUUCCAUGACUUGAGCCCCGGCAGCUGCUUCUUCCUGCCCAAGGGAGCGUUCCUUUACAACACACUGAUCGAGUUCAUCAGAGUAAGUGAAAGCUGUCAGAAGAAGAGUGAAUAACAGCCGUGAUCUCACUCCAAACUUGCAGACAUGGGGACAGAGGGACAGACAGCGUGAGUCAGAUGGUUUAAAUUAGCAUGGAGACCUGGGGAGGAGGAAAGAACAGAGGGUGACCUCUAAAAAAGUAGACACUUUAAAUAAUUUCUACUGAAUAUAUGGCUGCAAUUGAAAAAUUACUUUGGGGAAAAAAUAGUUUUGAAUACAGAGAAGUAAGUAAUUAUCCGUCAUGUGUUGAUGAUUUAAAUCCUGGAGGUGAAAAGACAAACUAAUUAAGUUUUUAGACAUGAAGAGGUUGAAUUAUGACGCAUUUGAGCACAUUAAAAUAGCAAAUUUGACCCAUACUCUUCUAAUGCAAGAAAAACACUGAAAACGCUGUUCACAUGUCUAAUUAAUCCUCUCUCAAUAAGCAAUUUCUCAUUUCUUGCUAGGUAAUAGAAAAGAAGACCUUCGCCCCUUCAACUCAAUCCUAUUUAUACGUUUUGAAAUAGUUUUUUAUUUGCUUAGCAAUUAUUCCGAACAAAUUCAAAUAUGUAAAGCAGGCUUGAUUGACAGGACUGAAGAAAGCUCUUUGGCCCCUUUGUUAGUUUGCAGUCAUUGCAGUGACAAUGCAGCACACACACAGAAAACAGUAACUUAAAUUUGAUGAAAAGAGUUGUGAUGGAGUACGUUUUUCAGUAAUUAAAUGUGUUAAUAAGAGAGCUCUGCCUUUACAAGGAACAACAUACCAACUUAAUCAAAAUAUUUGACCUCUUAUUCACCCUGAUUUAGCUGAACCCUCUUUUUAUUUCAUUAUCGGAUGAAUCAGAUUUCCUUUAUGAAUUUUUAAACAGAAGUCUGACAUACAAGGCCGUUUCUUUCUUCUUUUUUUUUCAUCUGUUUAUUGAAACAAAUCACAUCAUGGUACGUGAGCUUUACAAAUAGACAUGGGAUUUUUUUUUUUCCUCAGAUAAACAAACAUACAAACAAACAAGAAGAAAACAUACAAAGGAUUAUCCCUCCCCCCACCCCAGUUGGUCUUCCCUUUUCAAACAGAAUAUCUCAUCAACCAUCUUACAUUUGUACUUUCAUAUUGAUGUAAGAGCACAGCUGGACAAAAAACAAACAAGCAAACAAAAAAAGAAAAAACAGAAAGUGUUGUUGCCUCUUACACUGUAAGAGUUGUAGCUACAUUUUCGAAAUAUGAGAUAAAAGGCUGCCAUGUAGCACAGAAUUUCUCAGUUGACCCUCGGAGUGAAAAUUAGAUUUCUUCUAAUUCAAGGAAUGACAUUAGGUCAGUCUGGGCUUUUAGGCAACUUCCAGUGUAGAAUGUUAUGCAGCUUAUCAGAGAGGCAAAUGCUAAAAAAUGUAAUGUCUGCUUACUGAAUUCUGAAUAAUUCGAGGGAACUCCAAAAACAGCAAUGAGUGGACAGGGAGUGAUAGCUACACCUAGAACCUCUGACAUGAUCUUGAAAAAGCUCCUCCAGAACCCUGUUAGCAUGACCAGAAAGUGUGGGCUAAGUCAGCUGGGACCAAGGCACAUCUAUUGCAAGCCUCACUACUGCCAGGAAAAAUCUUUGCUAGUUUUGCUUUGCUGAAAUGCACAAGGCUGUUUCACGGUCUUCUUUAAUUUUGCCCUUCCUUUUUCAGGUCAGACUAAAUGUCCUCAUGUUAAUCAAGAAUUUAAAUAUGCAGCUCCAUCCAAUCACACAUGAUUGCAUCUUUAAAAAUCCCAACUUUAGCUCGCCGAGUCACUCGUUAUCUUGACCAAGAAACAAGUAAUUGAAAUGUGCACUUUGAUUACUUUGAGAAGUUUUAAAAUAACAUUUGUUUGACACCUUGCUCCCGGGCAGAGUGAGUACAGGAAGAGGGGUUUCCAGGAGGUGGUGACACCGAACAUCUACAACAGCAAGCUUUGGCAGACGUCCGGCCACUGGCAGCACUACAGCGAGAACAUGUUCUCCUUCGAGGUGGAGAAGGAGACCUUCGCCCUUAAACCUAUGAACUGCCCGGGACACUGGUGAGGCUUCUUCUCUCAAAUUUGAGAGUUUUUAAAAGUCGAACUUCAGCAAACAAGUCUAAAAGAGAAUGAACAUGAAGUGUGAAAGCAUGAACACCCACUUCUGUUGCACACUGAGUGGAGUCUCGCUCUGGUGUGAAAUAGAUACUUGUGUUUCUCACUUUAAUUAGGGAAACAACAGUCUUUGUUAGAGGCAGAGUUGUCUCUUCUUCUUCUUCUUCAUCUUCUUCUUGAGGGCAAAUUCAUUUUGCAGAACAAAAUAAGCUCACCAUACACAAAUAAAAAACUCCUUUGGUACAAAUUUCACUUUAUGGAUCCAGCAAAAAGACUCUCCCUCGGUGCGGUGGCACAUCAGGGAGAACCCCAGAAUGAUGUUUUAGCUGACUUUCACAGCUUUGUAAGUUUGCACGGGGAUUUGUUAUCAGCAGUUGACUCAGUCUUUCUGAAACAGCCCCAUCUUUCUCUGCUACAUUAGUUUGUCAUCUGGUUCAGCUCAGCUUGUAAUGGACUGAUGUUUGUGCCAUGUUUUCUUUAGUUGAAUGACCCACUUCAAUUUACUGCUGAAUGCUGCAUUGCAGUGUAAAGAACCAGACUGCAGCUCUUUGUAGUCAAAUCUUUUAUCUCCUUUUUACUGCUACAAUCUCUCCGCUCUCCUCAUGGGCAGCCUCUCUGGAGAUGGCUCCGAAAUGAAAAUUGAGCUCACAAACACAUUUCGUGACAGUGCUGGAUGACAGUUAAAUCAAAUAUUGAUUGUCUUUCAAAGUAAUCCUGAAGCAGCCGAGUGGUUUUCAGUGGCUGUGAGAAGUCAAGGUAGAAUUUGGGAGCUGUAAUAUGUGUGUUUUUACUCACUCUUACCAUCUGUCUGUCUUUCUUCAGUCUGAUGUUUGAUCACCGGCCACGCUCCUGGAGAGAGUUACCAAUCCGCAUGGCUGACUUUGGCGUCCUGCACAGGAACGAGCUGUCAGGAGCCCUGACAGGUCUCACCCGUGUCCGCCGCUUCCAGCAGGAUGAUGCUCACAUCUUCUGCUCCAUGGACCAGGUGAGUCCCACAGUUAUCGAUUAGCUUCACGUUUGUGAGCUCAGCAGGUUCACAAAACACAUUUUGGAGGCAGAAGUCUGACUGAAAAAAAAAGUUGUUUGUUGGGACCAGUUAAUUUGACUCAGAGGGUCAGUUCAGCCAAAUUUACACAUGAAAGGAAGCAGCACUACAGCACAUGAGAAAACAAGUUUGCUUCAGAAGAAGAAGAAGCUCCUUCAAGUCCAAGAAGUUUUCACUAGUGAUGCCAGCAUGGCAGUGUUGGUUAGGGCUGAAAAUGAGAAAUUUCCAAUGAUUAUAUAGUGUUUGUGAGGAGUUAGAAAGAUGCACUCCUAACUUACAGACCUCUAGAGCUGUCAAAAUUUAUCCAAAGUGACGUUCGAAUAUUCGUCCUCUCUCUGCAUGUGCCACGGGCGAUUUUUGUCAAGUCUCACUGCAUGUGCAGCUCCUGUGACCUGUCCCUGACCCGUCGUAACAGAGUGCUCACUUUCAAAGCAGCCGCUGUUUUGUUUUUUUUCCCAUUCAGUUUUUUUCCGGUCUUUUGAAUAUUCAAAUAUUCAUUUUCACAUUCAAAUCUUGUUUUUUUUUUCAUUUAAAUAUUCAAAUAUAUAAUUGAAUUUAGAAUAUUCGUUGACAACCUGACAGACCUCUGGGGCCCACUCUGUUUGCUACAUUAGCCACAACUAUGAUAUAACACCUAAAUCUGAGACCCAACUUUUGCCAAUUGCAUCAAAGGUAAUGCAGGUGCUCAGCUUUGACAAGGAAGAAGAAUGCGUGCAAUAAAAGACAAUAUUUCUGACUCUGCUGAAUUGAUUUUGAUAUUUUAACACAUCUGUCCAUCAUGCGCCUGACAGAGUUAUAGGAGUGCGAUGCUAAAUGGGUUCUGAAGUUUUAGAGAGAGGAUUUAAGUCAUUCGACCAUGAACCUUUUCUGGCAAUAACCAGGAUGAAUGUUUCUUUGUUGCCAUCAUUUCUGUUUGAUGUCUUGAGUUUUAAAAAGAAAGCCUCUUGUAGUGUCUCGCUCGCCUAAAUUAUUAGAAAAAAAACCCGGUAAUGUCAUUGGAAAGUCAGUAACGUUCUCAGCCUCAAGUUUCAGAGCUCCUCAGGCGGCUGCUACCUGAGGGAGCAACUUGCAUGUUAAGUCCUCAGAGCGAAGAGGAGCACUGCCAAUAUCAAUGCAUACAAACAGGAUUUUGGAAGAGUGAAUAGAUUUCUUAAUUACUUUGUUCAAAUGUAGUGGUGCAGCGACUUGCAGCCAGGAUCCCGCUGAUUGCGUUUGUGUUUAUCAGAAAUGGCAGUGGAUUGGAUGGUUAAUUAUUUGAUUGCACUUUGUGUACAAAUUCACAUCACUUUGGAUUUUUCACUGAGUCUGCAGCAGCGAGAAAGUGCUGCUUGUACUGUCAAUGUUUUUUUUUAUUUUUGUUAUAAACCAACUCAAAGCAAAAGUGCAGAAGGUGCAGCUUUAACUUUUACUUCAGUUUUGGUUUGCUGAUGGCAGCUCACUUUUAAGAUAGUGGAACUUUCCUCCACUACAAUUUACAACAUUCUCACUGUCUUUUCCGUGCGUGUGUGUGUGCGAGUGUGUGUGUGCGAGUCCUGUCUCACCACCUGUUUUUUGCAUUGCUUCCCUUAAAAAUAUGAUUAACUGGAGGUGCAUAGCUGUGCGGUGAAGACUCCAAUGUUUAAAAGGACUGCAAUUACGAUGAGCUUCACAGCUGUAGCUGUAAAAUAGCUAUCAAUCAUAAUAUAUCAUCUCCAGUGAGCUGAGAGGUUUAUCAUAAUUUCUUCUGAUUACAUCAUCGUUUCAUUAUCUGUUAAUACCAGUGGAGACAGAUGAAAUCAGUCAUUACAGCAGCAAUUACACUCUCAGCAGUGCCCUGAAGGAUGAUGCAAUCUCAGUUAUGAUUUGUUUUUGACCCCAGAUUGAAGAGGAAAUCAAGGGCUGUCUGGACUUUCUCAGGGCUGUGUACAACGUGUUCGGCUUCACUUUCAAACUCAACCUGUCCACGAGACCAGAGAAGUUCCUGGGGGACCCGGAGAUCUGGGACCAAGCAGAAAAGGUAAUCACAGAACCUCUUUGUUUCUGUCCUGUGGUUGAAAAUGUGAACAGCAAUCUGGCACAGUCUCACCGGAGAAUAAGAUGCUGAUCUGUGAUAUUAUCAAAUGGAAAUUCUGGGAACUGCUUCACAGGCAGCAAAUGCAAAAGCGCGGUUUGUAGAGCCAGGAAACAUUUAUAUUUUAAUGAAUUAGUUUUUCAUUCUGCAGAACUGCUGUCAGAUCAGAAAAUGCUCGCUCAUCUCAUGAGAGUCGACAUCAGUGCCAUCACUGUCUGCCUUUGCUGUCAAAUCAGAUUCACUCUCUGUGGAACAGCUCUAUAUUUCUCCAUCUCAGGUGCAGCUCAAAGACAGUCGAAGAAAGAGUAGGUAACGUUUAAACACAGCUCCAACACCAUAAUAACACGAGUGGGUGAGUUAAAUCGAAUGAUAACAAGUCUCUAUUUCCAGUCUGACAGAUGAUGAAUCUGUCAAAUCAACACUGAGUGACAGUUGUUAGACAAAGGCGUCUCCAGCAUGCUGAAUUGUUUUACAGGUAGAAUAAUGAUACUAAACGUACCGGCUGUUAAUCAGUCUGGCAAAUGUUUACAGGCAGUAAACAAACGGAUGAAAAGGUGUCUGGUAGCAUGUGUGCAGCCCUACAGCAAGGGGAGGUUAGUCUUCACAUCACAUCAGUCUCCCUCUUGAUCCAGCUGAGAGCAUAACUAACAAAACAUUACAUCAGCAGCGCCGCUUGCGUCACUUAAUUUGUACUACAAAGCUGUUGUGAUGUUUUGUUUUCCUUUUAAUGUCCUGCUGUCUCCGACCAAAGUGUCAUGUCUCCCUUCACUGAUUGCUGUAUUUAUAUCACACCAGUUGUUGCUCUUUUCUGGGUGCUUCUAAAUCUACUGCGGGCAGCCAGGCAUCAAAAUAUCGUAAAGUUUUCAAAACGCAUUCUCAGUUUAAUCAACAGAACGCUCCAUUUUUCACACCCACUGGAAAGAUAUACUUGGGCUUAAGCUCCAACUAAUCACAUACAGUUGCCCACAGGGGGACUCUGUGCACAUUCAUACUUCAGUAGAUGACAGCUCAAUGCGUAAGAUAAUAUGAGAGCCAUUAUGCUGCAGAUAAGGACAUUUAAUCCUUUCAACUCUUUGUUCCUUUUUGAUAUUUUAUAAACUUUCAAGAGCUUUUAUUUUUGUAAAAAUUCCUCCCUGCUCUACGUGCAGAAGUGUCACAGUUCAGUUUUAACUUGGUUUCUGAGCGUGUCUCUUGCUGCUGGGAGCAGAACAUCGCUGAUAAUAUUUAUUUUGAGCAUGUCACUUUCCAAACAAUCAAUGCAGGGGCCAUGGUACUAUUUAAAUAUUAAAUAAUCUGAAUUCUGCCGGGGCACAGAACAACCCAAAGAACUCACAGAGGCUCCAGUGUAGAGAUGCGGCUGCUCCUGCUGACUGCAUGUGCUAAUAAUGGUUAGACACAAGUGUCAGAAACAGAAAAAACAUUAGUGUAACCAGCACAACAUGUGAUAUUGUGAGCAGAAUUAUAAUAGCUUGUAAGUUGUCGCACUGUUUGUUUGACCUAUCGGGGAGACACGUCUCUCUGGGAAAACAUUUCAUAAAUUCUGCACUGACUUUUUUAUGAUUAAUGUUUGUAUUCACAAAGGUGGAAAAUUAUAUACUCAAAAUAACCGACUUGUAAACUUGGCAUGGUGACUGGAACAGAACUUGCUGAGUGUUUCCCCUCACCUCAUUAACUCCCCCACAAGAAACCAUAAAAUAUUAUUGAGACGUUAACAUUUCUCAGUUCAGUGAUUAGUUCCAGAUGAAGAAAAUGCCAGGAAUAAAUAUACAGCUUUGCUUAACACUGCUGUUUACUCGCAUGUUGGUCAGCCAUUGAUGUCCUAACAAAGCUGUAAUUGUUGUUUUCACAGCAACUGGAGAACAGCUUGAAUGAGUUUGGGGAGAAAUGGGUUCUCAACCCCGGUGACGGAGCGUUUUAUGGACCAAAGGUGAGCCAUGUGCCGCAGUAAUGAUGCACUUAAACUGUGAAACAGCAGGAGGGCCCGGCCUGAUCGUUUCUGCCUACUGUUUGCAGAUUGACAUUCAGAUCAAGGAUGCCAUUGGUCGGUACCAUCAGUGUGCCACAAUCCAGCUUGAUUUCCAGCUCCCCAUCCGCUUCAAUCUCACCUUUGUCAGGUAACUUUUUAAAGUUUUCACCAAAGAGGAAUAGCUGCUGUAAAAAUCCUCAUGUGUGCUAUAGAAUUUAAUAGUAAAUUUGCAUAAUCAGAGGAGAACUUUUAAUGAAUAACACUGGAGAAAGUGCUCACAUAAAAGCCUAUAACAGCAAACACUUGAAUAAAAUUUAAUGAUAUCCAAUUAUGGAGAAGUAGCGGGGUUUUCGGAGCUGCCCCAGAGGCUUCGGAUUGUUGAGAUUUUGUUGGGGUCUUAUAUUGCAAAUUAAAUCAGACAGUGUAAAAACUCUUCCUGUAUAACACUGUUGUUUUUAUCUUGGAUUUCUUUGAACUAUGUGUGGUGAUAAUCCCUUUUUGAAUGAUUUCGCAGCCAUGAUGGCGAUGACAAGAAGAGGCCGGUGAUCAUCCACAGAGCCAUUCUGGGAUCAGUGGAGAGGAUGUUGGCUAUUCUGACUGAGAACUACGGAGGAAAAUGGUUUGUAAACAGUCUUAUCUAAAAAGGUUGAUCUAUGAAGCUAAAGCAGGAAUCAGAGGUGGAUGUUUGUAUUUUAUAGCAGUUCUUUUCUAGAUACUGUUCAUGAAUUUUAAACUGAACAACAACAGGAAAACAAUCAUUUACAUGGGGUUGUUUAUAUUUGCAUAUUUUAUCUGGACUGUUUUUCUGCUCACUUUUAACUGUCCUGUUGUGUUUCAGGCCGCUGUGGCUCUCUCCUCGCCAGGUGAUGGUCGUACCCGUGGGAGUGGCUCAUGAGGAGUAUGCUCAGAAGGUAACAGCUGACCAUUAAAUUCUGCGUUUUUGAUUCAAUACUAAGCUGCCUGUAUUUAACUUGUAAAGCUUGUGUCUAUGACCGAUUCACGUACAGGAUGGAGCCCCAAUGCUGUUUAAAGCAUAGUUGAGAUGUUAUAUUCAUACUGCCAACCAUAAACCUGCAAACUUAAACUGGCAAAGUUAACUAGUUUAACUAGUUCUUAUUAUUUUAACUACAUACUUAAGGUAGUGUAGCCUUAAGGAAACACUGUAGAUUAAUGCGACUUGGCUUUUAUUUCCAUUGUUGCCACUGACUCUUCUCUAAGUUGUGAUGAAUCUGUAGCAGCCAAACUAAUUGCUCAAUUAUCUGAAUUUAGGACCAUUGAUUAAAUGAGUCCAACCUGGCAGAAGAAAUACUGAGUCCAGCAAUCAUACAGGUUGUGAGUAAGUGCUGUGUUUAGUACAGCAAAACUGCAAACAAGCAGAAUAGGAAGUUUGAUCAGGAAAUAAGUCGAGUUCUCCUCUUUUUCUUGCUCUUCUUCCCUUCCUAACCUGUUUGGUUUUCAGAGAGCGGUAGUUUGGUGUCCUUUUGAACCAGCUUUGAGUCAUUGUUGUAAAACAAGAUUGAACUAUGAAACCAUCAUUUUCAGCUGUAGUUUAAAGCUUCUGUGGGUAACUUUUGGAUUAUGUUGGCUAUGGCGCCACCCUGUGGGGCAGAUUGUCACCCUUUUUUCUUAAGUUGCCUACAUAAGAAAGUAAUGCUUUCAGAUCUAAAAAAAAAAAACACCCUGUUGUUCUUUUAAUGGUAAAAUGUAAGUGGUUGCCAUGGAGACUAUAGAAUAUGGUUGUUUUUUCAGUCUUCCAUCAUUCAACAUUUCUGACAGACACCCCCUCACAGCUUUUUCUGGCAAUGAACAGAGAAGUCAUGGUGCUGGUGGUCUUGUUGACUUUUGAAAGUCAUGCAGAGGCAGUAGUAACGCUUUCAGUCUGUUUAUUAACCUGUCAAAAACUGCUCACAGUGCCUUUUACUCUCUGAAUGUGUGAAACCUAGAAUAUUUUUUUCAUUUAAUGCACAUUCUGCAUAUUUCUAUGAUAAACAGCAGAACACUUCUGAUAUCAUGAACUAAAAAAGCUUCUGUCACAACAACUGCUGCAGAAAUGUUGUCAUCAUUACAGCAAAAUUAACCAGUACACAGUUUUUUUUCCGUCUAGAUUUGCAAAACAUCCAAGUAAAUUAAAUUAAUUUACUCUAUUUGCAUAAAUUGUUGAUGCACCAGCACAGACUUGGCUUUGUUUUACCAUCUGUUGUUUUUUCUGGCAGGUCAAGCAGGGUUUUCAUGACAGCGGCUUUAUGGCUGACGUUGAUCUGGAUCCUGGCUGCACUCUGAACAAAAAGAUCAGAAAUGCACAGUUGGCGCAGUACAACUUCAUCCUGGGUCAGUGGAAACACACUUUCUUCACUCUUGUCUGUCUUUUACGCUGUUUGGCUUAUCUAAAUAUCGAUUACUUUGUCCUAUUUGCAUGUCUCCCCUUUCUGCAAAGUGGUGGGAGAGAAGGAGAUGACCAGCAACACUGUGAACGUGCGCACCCGAGAUAACAAAGUCCACGGCGAGCGCAGUGUGGAGGAGUGCAUCGAGCGUCUCAAACACCUCAAGACCUCCAAGAGCAGAAAUGCUGAAGAGGAGUUCUGAGCUUUCUCAAAGUCGCUGCAAUCAACUUCUCUGUCUCUCUACAUCACGUUGAGUAGAGUGUGGGAACCUUGAAGGACUGUGCGGUUAAAAUCAGUUUUGGAUGAGGGAUAAAGCUGCCAGUGCCUCAUCUUUUCUUUUUGUCCCCUUGAAAUCUCACUCUUGAACUCCACAGCCUGUCUCUUGUCUCUUUUUGUUGUUUUUUUAUCUGGUGUCUUCCAUCAACUCUUCCCGGUCAGCAUAGUGUAUCAAUAAACUUUUGGUUAUCAAGUCUUCGUAUUUCUGUUCUUCUGGAAAGAAGUUAGCAUUUUUUUGUUUACCACUCAUUCAUUUACAGAAAUAAUCCUGAGAUGUACUGUGAUGAGGUUUUUGAACAGCUCUGCAGAACACUUCUUUACAGUGAACAAAUUGUACUGUAAAAAUUACCAAAAACAUUUUCCAUUUGUGAUGACUGGUUGAAAAAAAAAGAAGAGAAACUGUUUGUAACAUCGUCUUCACAGUUGUUAUCGAUCAUUCUUACUUCAGGGAAUUGUACAUGAGUUACAAUUUUGAUAAUUAAACAGUUUAUUCUUGA